AACUCUAUGAUUAUUAUUCAAACUCUUUCAAAAAUAGGUCCAACCAAUGGUGUGGUGUUCCCCCUACUUAAUCAACCUCAAUAAGACCUCUCAAAAUUUCUUCAAAGACCUUGUUUAGGGUUGAAAAGAGAGAGAGAGGAAAAAUAAUUUCUCACUUUUAUUUUCUUCUUCUUUUUGUAAUAAAAUUCUUAAGAGUUGAAGAAGCUUUAGGCAUGAAUAGAGGUGUUGUACAAAGCUCACCAGUUCAACAAAUGAUGGCUAGUAACCCUAAUUGGUGGAACAUCAAUAACAUGAGACCUCCGUCUCCACAACCUCCUCCUUUCUUUUCGACUCCUAAUUCUAACUUUCUCAUCCCUAAUUUUACACCAAAUUCUUCUUCUUCUCUUACUUUUCCUUCUUGGCAUGAUUAUCAUCAAGAGCUUCCUGAAUCUUGGAGCCAACUACUCAUGAGUGGAAUUGUUGGUGAGGAAGAUAAGAUUGGAUUGAGCCAAUUUCAAAAUCAAAUGCUAAUAACUCAAGCUCCAAAUUCUUCUAUUGUUGAUGUUAAACAAGAAAGCUCAGGAAAUAGCUAUGCAUAUGGACAUGGAAAUGAAGAACUUAAUUCAUGUGUCACAAGUUUCAACACCAACAUGUUAGAUUUCUCUAACAAUAAUAAUACAGAUUUGAGGCAUCCACCACCAGAUCUAUCUUCUGAGUGCAACAGCACUGCAUCUGGUGGGGCAAUGAAAAAAGCUAGGGUUCAACAAGCUGCAACUCAAUCAACCUUCAAGGUUAGGAAGGAGAAAUUAGGUGACAGAAUUACUGCCCUUCAUCAGCUUGUUUCCCCAUUUGGAAAGACUGACACAGCCUCUGUCUUGUUAGAAGCUAUUGGUUAUAUCAGAUUCCUUCAGACACAAAUUGAGGCUCUUAGCUUACCAUACUUGAGCAAUGGAUCUGGAAACACAAGACAACCACAUUCAGUUCAAGGAGAUAAGAAUUGUUUAUUUCCUGAAGAUCCUGGUCAGUUGCUACAUGAAAAUAGCUUGAAGAGGAAAGCAGUUGAAGAGGUUUCUCAUGAAGAACCAAACAAGGACCUACAAAGUAGAGGGCUGUGUCUUGUUCCAGUGUCAUGCACACUUCAAGUUGGGAGUGACAAUGGAGCUGAUUAUUGGGCACCUGCCCUUGGAGGAGCCUUUCGGUAGAGACCAAAAUUUACAUUAUUGGGGCAGCAUAUAGAUAUUAAUUAAUAUGCUAGCAUGACUAUAGGUAAUUAAAUUCAUGGAAAUUGAUAUAACAUCAUGAGCAGUCAAUCUGCUCAAAAAAAUUAAGGCUGAUUGCUCAUGAUGCUAUACUUCAUAUAUAAUUCCUGAAUAAAAUGUGUGCUAGCUAGCCAUGAUGAACUAGUGUAUUUGAAAGCCCUUAUUAAGACUUCUUGAUUGAUUCAUGUGUAAUCAAUGUUUUAUUGUUUUAUUAGCAACUUAUAUUUAAGAUGUUGGUAUUAUUAAUGAGGUCUAUUUCAUUAUGUAAAUGCAAUAUUUGUAUUAAUCAUUUGAAUGCUUUUUUUUA